CGCCUACCUAGCUGCCCACCUGUUUCACUAGUGUUGUAGCUGCUUCUUGCAGUAGCGUUAAGGAGUGAGAUAUGGACGCGCCUCGGCAGCAAGAGGAGGAAGAGGAGCAGGAUCGCAAGGCCAGCAUGGACGACGACUCGGACGCCGUCGAGCCCGUCCACAACUACCGCGGAUGGAAGGCCAUGCCAUACGUCAUAGGGAACGAGACGUUUGAGAAGCUCGGGACGAUCGGGACGAUGUCCAACAUGCUGGUGUACCUGACGACGGUGUACAACAUGCAGAGCGUGCACGCCGCCACCCUCCUAAACGUCUUCUCUGGCACCAGCAACCUGGCCACCGUCGCCGGCGCCUUCGUCAGCGACACCUACCUUGGCCGCUACACCACCCUCGCCGCCGCCACGAUCUCCUCAUUUGUCGGCAUGGUCAUCCUCACCCUCACUGCUGCCCUACACUACCUCCACCCCCAAACCUGCAACGCCGAAGCAGGGGAGCAAUGCCAGGGCCCCUCGGGUGGCCAGCUAGCGGUACUCCUGGCUUCCUUCUUCUUCCUCGUCGUCGGGGCUGGGGGAAUCCGCCCGUGCAACCUGGCCUUCGGCGCCGACCAGUUCGACCCGCGCACCGCCGCCGGUCGCCGCGGCAUCGCCAGCUUCUUCAACUGGUACUACUUCACCUUCACCGUCGCCAUGAUGCUCUCCGCCACCGUCAUCAUCUACCUCCAGAGCGACGUCAACUGGGCUCUAGGCCUCGCCGUGCCCGCGGCGCUCAUGGGCCUCUCCUGCGCCGUUUUCUUCAUGGGCACACGCAUCUACGUCCGUGUCCGUCCCGAGGGAAGCCCGUUCACCAGCUUCGCCCAGGUCCUCGUCGCGGCCUUCCGCAAGCGCCGCCUCCUGUUAUCCGACACGACCUCGUCGCUGUUCGACCCGCCACACCGGAGCAAGCUCAUCUCCAAGCUUUCCUACACCGACCAGUUCACGUUCCUCGACAGGGCGGCCGCGCGGACCCCCAAGGACGCGCUCUGUGCCGACGGGAAGUCGCCCGCGAACCCGUGGCGGUUGUGCACGGUGCAGCAGGUGGAGGAGGUGAAGUGCCUGGCGCGCAUCAUCCCGGUGUGGUCGUCCGGUAUCGUCUACUUCGUGGUGCUCACCCAGCUCGGCACCUACACCGUGUUCCAAGCGGCACAGACCGACCUCCGCAUCAGCCACGCCAGCAACUUCCAGAUCCCGCAGGGCUCUUUCGUCGUCUUCAACAUGCUCGCCCUCACGCUCUGGAUCCCCGUGUAUGACAGGCUUCUGGUGCCGGCGCUCCAGCGGAUCACCGGGCGGGAGGGCGGAAUCAGCCUGCUCCAGCGGAUCGGCGUCGGGCUGGCGCUCUCCGUUGCCACGAUGGUGGUGUCGGCAGUGGUGGAGGACCGGCGCCGGAGGAUCAGCCCGUCUUCGCCGAUGAUGUCGUGCUUCUGGCUGGUGCCGCAGCAGGCGCUGGCGGGGCUGUCGGAGGCGUUCGCCGGCAUCGGCCAGAUCGAGUUCUACUACCGCCAGUUCCCGGAGAACAUGCGGAGCGUCGCCGGGGCGCUCUACUUCCUGGGCUUCGCGGUGGCGAGCUAUGCGAGCGGGUUCAUGGUGACGGUUGUACACCGUUCGACGAGCUGGCUGGCGCAAGACCUGAACGAGGGCAGAGUGGACUUGUUCUACCUUGUCACUGCCGCCAUCGCCGCAGUAAAUCUCGUCUACUUCGUCGCCUGCGCGCGGUGGUACAGGUUCAAGAAAUCGGACAACGACGACGCCAGCGCCGGAGACAUAGGCCUCGAUGACAACAUCGGCAGCAAGAAGGUUUCUACAAAUGCAGCGCCAGCGCCGGCGCCGGUUGAGUUAGUUUAA